UUCAAUCAUCUCGCCAUGCGAGUGCUCAUAUUAUCCGCCGUUCUCGCGAUGACGUCAGCAGCCAAAGUAACAUGGCAGCCAAACACUAAUUACAAUAUCCCUUCUAAUUUCGCUGACGGAAAAUUGCCUUGCUCCAAAGAAACAGUUAUAUUUCCUGAAACUAUACAAGGCUCUGUGCAGAUUCAAGGCGACGUUGCUGCUCAAGAAUUUAUAUUCCCUGAAACUGGUGACAUAAUACUAGAUGGAACACUGUCCAUUGGUGCAAACGACAAGGAACAAUGUUCGGAAGGCAACAAAUACUUCAUUGAUAAAACUGUGUCAUCGUGGGCUGAUCCCGAUGUGUGGUAUUCACCGUUGUUCAACGAAGCAACUCCAGACGCAGAGAGAGUCCCAUGCAUAGGUGAUACUGUCGAUUUUCCUGUAAAUUCGACAUUUGGAAUAAAACUACCCGAAUUAACACAAACUGUUAAAAGAUUGAUUGUAAGUGGAGAAAAUUAUAACUUAUAUUCUUUCCUUCGUCAUAUUCUGAGACAAGAAGACGGCCCGCAACAGUUUUAUACAAGUCCAAACAAGGGCAUUGGAAUAAAGAUUAAAGAAGAUGGCUGUCGGUCACCAAUCAAAGGUUGCCCUUGUCAACAAUAUCCAUUGAAGAUUAAUUGUGACUUGAAAUUUUGUCCUGUGCCUCAAUGCUUAUAUCCUAUCAAGCCAAUCGUUUGCUGUAAAAUCUGUGGAGGUGCAAUUUCAUUUGAAAGAGACCAAAAUUUUAACUUGAUGAUGUUCAAAGAUAUAGUUGAAAGAGUUGUUGCGUCUUACAAUGAAGAUAAUAUAGUAUAUCAUAUUGGAAUCGUUGCUAAUAAUAUAGUCCAGUUAGUUGUCACGGAGAAAUAUGAAUAUAAAGGUCAGAGCGCGAUGGUAGCACAUGAUGUGAAUGGUCAAAUACUUAAAGGUUGGGCCUCUGGAGUGCAAGCAUUAUCUCUGAGUGGCGGUCCUCUUUCUGAUGCUAACUAUGGGUUAAAAAUUGCAUUUUCCAUGUUGUUUGUAGUGAUUGCAGUAUUCGGUGUGCUCUACGCUUAUUAUUAUAAGAUACCGACGCCUAGGAUUUAUCUACCGACAAUCCCGUCGUUUGGUCGUGGUUCGACAGCGGGUCUGCUUUCCAGAUUCGAUAGACGAACAGAGAGUAUAGUUUCUCUGACGAGAAGAGAGUCGACAGUCACUGUGGCCUCGUCUGCAGGUGUGGGAACAGCGUUUAGGAAUCCUUUGUACAGUUCGAAAAGGGGGCGUGUUGAUGUCGUGGAGUCUGAAGUUGAUAAUGACAAUAUGUGAAACUGAAAUGUGUAACGGUUUGUCAUGAAACUCAUGAAUAAACUUGUAUUUAUAAAAAGUUUGUGUGUGUACCUACCAGGAUACAGUACGAUUAACAUCAGUUAACGAUUCGGGUUUUAUCUAUCUUGCUCGCACUUAUGCGGUCCUGAUAAGAGCCGAAGCCGAAGGGUAAAAACCGAAUCGUUAACUGAUUUUAAUCGCACUUGUACACUAUUAUUUUAUGAACAUUUUUACUAAGUCGUUCAAAUUACUUGUAAUUUAAAUUCUUGUGCUGUGUACCAUUAAUCAUGGUGGAAGAGUUACCUGAAAUUAUUAACUUUCCUCUCAGCAUAUAUUCAGAAUUUGAGCUAAGUUUGGGCACGCGAUGGAACUAGUGCAUAAUAAACUGGCAAUGAAUCACACCCAGGCCCGCCUAUCCGCCACUAGGACAUGUCCGCCGGUAUAAAUCAACUUAGUCCUCCGUACAAUGCAUCCCGAUUGCGUAAAAUGUCGUAUAUCAUAUCAAACUCUUGAUCAGAUACGUCCUAUUUCGUUAGAGUGAAAAAGACCUGAUUUAUAUACGCUAUUAUUAAAAUAACCUUGCGCAAGAAUUUGUCGCUUUUAAAUUCAAAUAGGGAUUUAAAUUGCGAAGCAGUAUAAGCUGUUCCAGCUGUGAGAUUCUCUAAGGUAGACAUGUUGUACUUAUGUUGUAUGUUGUAGUGUUGUUGCUCCGUCUGUACUUUUCACUCUGUUCUUUUUUGAAAUACGGGGGAAAGUAGUAGGCAAACUAGUGAAUGUUUUUUUUUAUACAUAAAAUUAUUCUCCUGAAACUUAAAACUAAUUUUUUUUUCUAUAAGAAAAUCGGGCGUUCUUGCGUCUGUAAAAGAAUUGAGGGACUGAGGGGGACCUUCUUGAUAAUGUUAAUUAAUAAUUACCUAUGGCUAUGGACAAUUUGGCAUUAUAGAAGAGAGAUUUAGGAGUAUGCUAAGCAGUGAUUCAUAAAGGGCAUGAUAACGAUAAAUACGAUUAAUGUAGGCAUGGUGAAAUAUGAUCUACAAAAUAAAUUUAUAGCAAGUAUGUAUUUGACUAUCCAAAGGCCUCAGGGCAAUGGUUUCUAGGAACAAAAUAUGAUGCGUCACAAUUUGAUUAAUUCAGGUAUGAUAAAAUAUGCGCCGAUAUUUUCAUAAUGAAAUUUUCAGUAGGUAAUAGGUGAUUUUAGUUAUUAUAUUAAUUUGUACGGAUUCUCCCAAUUUAAAAUGAAAUUAGCAAUGAAAAUAGCGUUUGCAUAAAGGACGGGAGCGGGAACCCGAUCAAUAGGGUUCGGUUACUUUAUUUUAUAUUGUACACACUAUACUUAAUAUUUUUUAUGCAAUCUAUUCGGAUCCAAGAAGAUGUUUUUAUUUCAUUAAUAGAAAAAUACUUCCACAUGUGUUCAUUUUCAUUCAGUCACCAAUGUUC